AUAGUCUCUGGGGUUAGGUGGAGAUCACAUCACUCUCAUCUCCCACAACUCAGCGCUUGGUCCGUAAGCUAUAGUCUGGUAUUUGGUUAGCUCUUACUAGUCAAUAAAGCCAAGUCUCUGUGUUGGUGGUUAUAAGGUGAUUUCUGAUGAAGAGCUCCUUCUGCUUGGAAGAAUGAAACACAUUGUAACAAUGUGUAAACAUGUCCACUGUGAGACUUCCAACACCUGUAUUGAGAUCUGCACCUCCGGGCAGAACUUCUGGUUCAUUCAAAUUUGCAAUCCCAAGCCGAUCAUGUGCAUUUGUUAAGAGCCCUGCGUCUCUUGGUUCUGUAAAAAGUGUUUCCAAAUCAUUUGGCUUGAAGUCUUUUUCAUUCAAAGUGUCUGCAGCAACCCACAAGGUGAAACUGAUUUUACCUGAUGGGCAAGAAUGUGAGUUUGAUGCUCCCGAUGAUGCUUACAUCCUAGACUCUGCCGAAGCUGCAGGAGUGGAUCUUCCCUAUUCAUGCAGGGCAGGCGCCUGCUCUACUUGUGCGGGGCAGUUGAUUGAGGGCUCUGUGGACCAAACAGACGGAUCAUUCCUUGACGACAAGCAGAUGGAGAAAGGUUAUCUGCUAACCUGUGUCUCAUAUCCGAAAUCAGACUGUGUGAUCCAGACUCACAAGGAAGAUGAGCUUUUCUAAAUGAUGUUAUGAGCUUCACUUUUGCCGAGUGAAAGCACGGGCAGCAAUUAUGCUAGAAUACUAUGAAUAUUCUUGAUUAGGCUGGUAGUGUUUGCCAUGUUCGGGAUUGUCUUUAGAUUUUCAAAUUUGAUGAUUUCGUGUUGAAGUUUAAAAUUCACAUUGAGUUGAAUGCUUCGUUAGUUCAA